ACGUCAAACCAGGGUCGGCCCUACCGCUCACAUCUCCGACCUGCUUGCGAUGCCUGUCGUCGCCGCAAGUCUCGAUGCGCUACAACAGAAUCUUCCGACGCGUGUCUCAUGUGUCAAGUGCAUGGUUCGCAAUGUGUCUUUGUGGAUAGUGAUCAGUCGCGUCGCCGAAAAGUGCCUACAUCGCGAAGCCGUGCCACAAGUCAUGCAACAAGCCACGCAGGUAACUCUGAGAACAACAUCAACCUCGAUGAUGACUCCUUACCUAUGGCGUAUCCUCAGGAGUUUCAUGUUACGAAUGCCGUUCAGUCUCAUAGUCAGACAUACAACAACAAUCAAUCUGGGGACUCGAGUACACACAUCAUCAGCCCUGCGAUAGCCGAUGACAACGAGGAGCUCGAUAGUUAUCUGUCCAGCGACCCGGCCGUUGGUAUUAGAAGGAUCACCCGUACUUCGUCGACAAGUACAAGUAUGGGCCCGCCUUCGAGACGCGUUCUGUUCAACACAGUCCUCAGGAAACCGCUCGGUAUCAACGCAAACCAAUCGGUUGCUGCUGGGAAGCUUGAAGUCAUCGAGAAGCUCCUAGAGCCUCAUGUCAUGGACAUGAUAAAUCUGCAUGUCACUCACGCUAACGUCAAUGUUUGUUUCCCUGUCUUGGACGAGACAUCUUUCCGACGAACGUACACAGAGCACAAGGAUCGCCUUUCUUCUGCCCUCCUGGCCAAUUUGUACGCCAAUGCAAUGACGUACUGGAAGAGUUCACCACGAUUACGCUCUGUUCAUCCUCGAGAUCAACGCUACAUCUGGGUGCAGGCAAACGAGGCCCUUCACUCCGAAUUGUUCCUCUCACCUGGGAUUUCAACCGUCAUAGCCAUCAUACUGAACGUCCACGGAAGACCAAGCACCUCAAUGUUUGGCAAUGGAGGAAUGGUAGGAACGGCUGUCGCACUUUCGAACUCGCUGGGUCUCAAUCGUGACUGCUCAACUUGGAAUAUAAGUUCGGAAGAGAAGACGUUCCGGUUCCGUAUCUGGUCAAUCGUCAUGCUGAUGGAUCGAUGGACAAGUCUUGCAUAUGGGACGCCACUAUUGAUCCACCGCGCUCAAUAUGAUGUGCCUGUACCCAGCAAGGAGCUACUGGCGCAAUCUAGGACAUCCACCACGCAACAUGCUGGUUUGUCCAUUUUUCUAGCCAUGUUAACUCUGACAGACGUUCUGUCCCGGUAUCUUGAGCACGUCUACCAUAUAUCGCGAGUUGCUACCACCGAUCGAUCACCAGUCUCACCAUUACAUCUCGAAAUGUUCUUGACGGAUUGGGAAGACACUUUGGACGACGAAACACGUCGACUUGUCCUUCGAGGAAACGAUCUUGAUCGACCUGGAGCAGCCAAUCUCAGACUCUCUUAUCUUGCGGUCAAGCUUCUGCUUUGCCGAAUCUUGUGUGACACUACCAGCUUCACGCCAGAGCAUGAGAGCGCAGCUCAGGCUCGACUUCGAACCCAAAGAGUUGCUGAAGAGGUAGUCCUGCUUGUACAAGAGCUGAAACACCCUCACCUUAGAGGAUUUUGGAUGCCAACGAAUGGCUUCACUCUUACCUCGGCUACUUUGUUCUUGCUAAGAAACGCACUCAAAGCCACAAAUAGAACUCGAAACACAUCACUCAAGUUGGCCAAAGAUAUGAUUACAUGUCUUCAAGAGCAUCGCAACAACGAAGCUUGGGAUCUGGCUGACGAUUGCUUGUCAAACUGCACGGACAUGACCAAUAGGAUCGAGGCUGGAACG